CUGGCCCAUUAUUCAGCACGAUGUCCUUCUUUUCAUCUCCAGGUUGGUCGUCUUUCCCCUCUUCUCUUCUUCUCUCCCGUGCACCUCCCAUUGACUUCCCCCCAUGCAGGCCUAUCUUCAGUACCGUCGCAUCGGCCACGCCGUGCGCCGACAGCUCGAGGAUUACCCGGAGUUCGCCCGGCCAGAAAUUGCCAAGGAUGACCUGCCGGGGGAAACCCCCAGGGACAGUCCCAAUCCGGACUUGCAUCGCCGUCCCAGUCCGUUACUACCAGGCGUACAGCUGAAAGACAUCGUCGAGAGCGAUGGCUCGUCUUCGUCGGUUCUUCUGGUCGACUGGGAGAACGACCACGACCCCAUCAACCCGCGCAAUUACAGCCUCGCCACGCGCUUCGGCGCAACCCUCAUGGUGUCCGCGCUGGGCUUCGCUGUCGGUGCGGCCUCCUCUAUCGAAUCCGGCGUGCUUCCGCAGAACGCAGCAGCCUUUCAUGUCAGCGACGUUGUGGCCUCUCUCGCAACAGGCAUGUACUUGCUAGGUUUCGCAGCUGGCUCGCUCGUGUCCGGACCCCUGUCGGAAAUCCUUGGCCGCAAUGUCGUCUACACUGGCUCUCUCACCCUUUUUAUGAUUUUCGUCAUGGCCUCGGGUCUGGCCCCCAACAUCGGUGCACAACUCGCCUUCCGCUUCCUGGCCGGCAUCUUUGGCUGUCCGCCGUUGACCUGCGCCGGCGGCACCAUCGCGGACCUCUGGAACCCGCUAGAGAAGACCCUCUUCUUCCCCAUGUACGCUAUUCUCUCCUUUGGUGGCCCCGUCCUCGGGCCCGUUAUCGCCUCCUACAUGGGUGAAGGCACCCUCUCGUGGCGCUGGACCAACUGGAUCAUCCUCAUCCUGUCGGGGUUCAUCCUCGCCUUGAUUCUUCUGCUGCAGCCAGAGACCUACGGCCCGCUCCUCCUGAAAUGGAAGGCGCAGCAUCUCCGACACCUGACGGGCGACAACCGGUAUCACUCCUCCAUGGAGCUCCAGAAGACGGCCCUGUUCUCCCGCAUCGGCAACGCCUGCAUGCGACAAUUCGCCUUGACGAUCCACGAACCCAUCAUCCUGCUGAUCGCCCUCUACAUGACCGUCAUCUACAUCGUCCUGUUCACCUUCUUCGACGGCUACACGUACAUCUUCUCGGACGUGCACGGCCUGUCCCAAGGUCUGACCAACAUCGUCUGGGUGGCAAUGUACGUCGGCAUCUCGUUAGCCAGCCUAUUCGUCCCAUUCGUCUACGUAUGGACGAAGCGCGAGUUCUCCGACGCAGCAGCCUCCGCCGCCGCAUCCGCAGCAGUCUCCCGAUCUGCCAGCUCCGAAAUGGUGAACGCCGAUCCCAAUCCCAACGCCACCAGCGAGAAACCCCAAUCCGACAACACCGAUGACCAAAAACCCACGCACAAGCACGUUGCUCGUCCUGAAAACCGUCUCUGGUUCGCCAUGCUUGGCGCCCCGGCUAUCCCGAUCGGACUGUUCUGGAUGGGCUGGACGGAUUAUAGCUCAAUCUCCAUCUGGUCGCCGAUCAUCGCCUCCACCGUCUUCGGCUUCGGCACCAUCUGCGUUUUCAUCUCCUCGUACAUGUACGUCAUCGACGCCUACGACAUCUACGCCGCCUCCGCGCUAGGGUUCAUGACCGUGUCGCGCUACUGCGCGGCCGGCGGGAUGACCGUCGUGGGAAUUCCGUUUUACAGUAAUAUGGGCGUGCAUUGGACGUUGACGAUCCUGGGCGCGAUUAGUGCCUUGAUGACCCCGGUGCCGUAUGUGUUUUAUCGCUAUGGACGGGUGAUCCGUGGGUGGAGUAAGUAUGCGGUUUAGUUUUUGCUUACGAUGUGGAGCAGAGCUGUUGGGGUGGUUAUUGUGGAGAUGGUUGGGGUGGAAUUGGGGUGCUAAUUCGGGGUUUGCCUUUUGGUCCGGUUAAGAUUUUGGAUCCACCCCACUCUAGAUGGAUUCCAUCGUGGAAUCAUACGGAGUACCUUAGAUAUAGAUAGAUAGAACGCAGGUAAUGAUAAUAUUUGUUUCUUAU